UCUGAUUCCUUCUCAGCUGGUUCACUUCAUCCACUCACUGCUGCUGCUGUUGCUACGUGUGGGAAGGAAACACGGAGGUCCUGACUCCUCAGUAUUUGAAAGUCCUCUUCGGCCGAGAUGGCAGCCAUCAGGAAGAAGUUGGUCAUCGUUGGAGAUGGCGCAUGUGGGAAGACCUGUCUGCUCAUCGUCUUCAGUAAGGACCAGUUCCCAGAGGUCUACGUCCCCACUGUGUUUGAGAACUACAUCGCUGACAUUGAAGUGGAUGGCAAACAGGUGGAACUCGCACUGUGGGACACGGCAGGUCAGGAGGACUACGACAGAUUGAGACCCCUCUCCUACCCCGACACCGAUGUAAUCCUCAUGUGUUUCUCUAUAGACAGCCCCGACAGUCUUGAGAACAUUCCGGAGAAAUGGACACCUGAAGUGAAGCACUUUUGUCCCAAUGUCCCCAUCAUCCUGGUGGGCAAUAAGAAGGACCUCAGGAAUGACGAGAACACGCGCAGAGAGCUGGCUAAGAUGAAACAGGAGCCGGUCAAGUCUGACGAAGGCAGGGACAUGGCCAACCGCAUCAGUGCCUUCGGUUACCUGGAGUGCUCGGCCAAGACCAAGGACGGCGUCCGGGAGGUGUUCGAGAUGGCCACCCGUGCCGCUCUGCAGGUCCGCAAGCGUAAAAAGAGGAGCGGCUGCCAGCUCCUGUGAAGGGACAGCUCGCAUGCCAAAUGGGCCAACACCUGAGGAUGGGCUCCCGGAGAUGGCGAAAAAAAAAAAAAAACCUGGAGAAA